AUAAUACUCUCGAUAAAAACCUGAUAAGAUUUAUUUUAUACAGUUUAUGUGAAAGGCAGCCUAUGUUCAGCAGGACUGACGGGGGCUCUGACUUGUGGGUGCAGCAGUACUAAUCUGCUCCAACCUUGUUGAUUGCCCUCUGACCUUUGACCUUGUUGCGUACAGUGCAUAUAGGUAUAUAUAUGUACACACUGAGCGUGUCUAUCGCUAUAUUUGGCUAGACAACCACCACCGGACCCACACACCUAUGACCUGGCCGUCAAUAUCAAGUGUCUCAUGGAAGAGGAGAGUUACAUCACCGCAGAAUCAUCGCCUAUAAAUAAUCAAAUCUUGUACAUCCUUUAAGUGAUAUAAAAGUGGCGGGUUUAAAUGUGUGACAGUGCAUUAUUUUACACCGCUCAUAUGCAUCUGUGGUAUCUUCACGGCUGCUGGGCUGGACCUUGAUGACAAGGAUUGAAGCCAUCAGCAAGAAAUAUAUGAUUUUUUUUUUUUAACUAAUCAGGAUUUAUGAAUAAUAUUUCGUGAUUAAAAACAAUAGCUGAAAAGAUAUACAAAAGCAAUCAAAAAAUCAUGUGAUAGCAAUGCAAGGAUGGACAAAUUCUAAUUGACAUUUUGUGAAGGAAAAAUAAAUGUAAUUCAGCAAUCAUUUCAAAAACAAUCUGAAAAAGGAUUUUUUCCUCUGCAGUUUUUAUCUCCAGAAAUCAAUGUACUGUUAUAUAAAGGCUGACUUGGAUACAGCGGUAAAGGUUGUGGGACUUAAGGCCAGUGUUGGAACAGGUGUCCCAAACUCUACAGAGAUUACAACAAAAACACUGGCAGCUUGUUGGACAUUAGAGACCAUUAUAAACAUUCCAGUUAAUACUGAACAGAUAAGCAAACUUAGCAGCUAGUUAAAAGGCUUCAGGUGAGACUCCAGACUGAAAAUCUGUACGGCUUCUUAAAUCAGCACCAGAUUUUAUUCUUAUUUGCAUCAAAAGGACUUUCUGGUAUUUCAGACACAGUGCUCUCAUUUGUCCACCAUGUAUGGCCUACUGACAAUGUUAUAUACUGUUCUAUUUGUGAACCGAGAAUCAGAAAGAACAAAAAUAGUUGCCACGGAAACCAGUGACAUUGCUUCAAGCGAGAGCAUCAACGUUAUCAUCUAUGGCGUGUUUGGACUAUACACAGUGAUCCAGAUCGUUCUGGGAAAUAUCAGUUUGACCAGUAAAGCUGUAGUCAUAAUGACCUUGAACUGCACCUUCUUACAAAUAUUGACCUUUUACCUACGACCCGACCUCUGGGGGAGCCUGCUACUCCUAGGAUACCUCAUGGUGGCAGUGAAAUGGUUACCAAGGAGGAAACUGUCUCCGACGAAAAAGGCAGUUCUCAUUACUGGUUGUGAUCGGGGUAUUGGCUUCAGUUUGGCUAAACACCUCGACAGUCAAGGUUUCCAUGUUUUUGCCAGUUUCCUCAACAACCAAAGCGUGGAACAAGACCAACUUGUAAAAACUUGUUCCAACCGUCUACACACUAUACAGAUGGAUGUGAGCAAUGUACAGCAGGUGGAACAAGCAGCAACUCACGUCACAGCAGAGGUCAGGGAUCAAGGAUUGGAAUUCUGGGGCAUCGUCAACAAUGCAGGGAUCUGUUUUAUCGGCAAUGUUGAGAUAAUGGCCAGAGAGGAUAUGUACAAGGUCAUGGCUAUCAAUUAUUUCGGUCCUGUGAAUGUUUGUAAGGCAUUUCUCCCACUACUGCGACAGUACCGGGGCCGAAUUGUAAACGUUGCAAGUAAUGCAGGUUUGGUUCCCGUGCCCCUCAUGGGCGUGUACUGUGCCUCCAAGGCUGCACUGGCCUCUAUGUCGGAAGUGUGGAGGUUUGAGCUACAACGCUGGGGUAUCAAGGUCGCCACCAUUAUACCUAGUGGCUACAAGACUGGCAUUAUGGCUUACGACAAAGCGGCCAUGGCUGAAAGAUGGUGGUCGAAGGCCAGCGAUACUGUCCAGAGAGACUACGGCAGGGAAUGCUUCAACAUCAAAUUUAAGCAGAAAAAUUCUGAAAAGAUGCUGAGUGCCAAUUUCUCUGAGAUCCAGAACAACAUUUCCGACGCCCUUUUAUCUGUGUUUCCCAAGUCGUACUACUACAACGGAUUCCUGGCGCGGUCGUUACCAUUCUUGUACCUACAUCUCCCGACAUUCAUCGGCGACCCAAUUAUGUCUAUCCUCACUGAUUGGUUCGACUUUCAACCAAACUCUGUGAUAUAAUAUGCUCCAUGCUCACCAACAGGUUUGACAUUCACACUUUGUGCCAGGUAAAACUAUCCUGUAUACCAACUGGUUUGACAUUCACACUUUGUGCCAGGUAAAAC